GGCGGAAGAUAGCAACAACAAAAGACAAGGAGCUGAGCCUCCUGAAAGCUCUUAUCGACUCCAGACAUUUGCCGGCUCUAUUCCGCACCACCCAAUGUCUACCUUGAAAAUAACACCGACGGCGAUGGCACUUCCCGCCUCGAUUAAACAACUCGCCUGCCUUCGUCGUUUACCUCGAACUGGUAAUGUCUUCUCCGUCCGCCUGACCCGUUUCAGGAGGGGAUUCGCUGUCAAUGCAAUGUCUGGAGCAACGGAUCCUGUUCAAGUCUGCGCUAAGGCAUCCUUUACCGUUCCCAACAAGCUUGGAGAUUGACUUAAUGACUGGAUAUUCUAAACGGAAAUCAGGAAUUAUGCAAGAAUUAAUAAAGAUUUCUAAGGAAGUAGUUACCGAUAAACUCCUUUUAAACGGCCGUCCAGGUCCUUUUACGCAAAGAGUUUUGUUGACUCUGGAGGAAAAGCAUCUGCCAUACGAUCUGAAGUUGGUUGACUUAAGGAAUAAACCAGAGUGGUUCUUAGAUGUAAGCCCAGAAGGUAAAGUUCCUGUGGUUAAGAUUGAUGAGAACUGGAUUCCAGAUUCAGAUGUUAUCACCCAGGCCCUUGAAGAGAAGUUCCCCAAUCCAUCACUAAAAACACCCCCAGAGAGGGCUUCUGUCGGAUCAUAUAUUUUCCCCAAGUUUAUUGGUUUCCUUAAAAGCAACGACACUGGCGAUGGAUCGGAACACACAUUACUGGAAGAGCUUACUGCCUAUGAUGAUUACCUUAAAGAAAAUGGCCCAUUCAUCAAUGGGAAAUUAGUGUCUGCUGCGGACUUAUCACUGGGACCAAAGCUGUAUCACAUGGAGAUUGCUCUGGGGUACUACAAGAAGUGGUCAGUCCCAGAUUCACUUGCCUAUGUUAAGGCAUACAUGAAGGACAUGUUCUCCCGAGACUCUUUUGUAAUAACGAGGGCUUUGGAGGAUGAUAUUAUUGAAGGUUGGAGAUCAAAAGUUGAGGGGUAGAUAGAUGUUCGAGACUCGAAGUCUUUUGCUACAUUUGGGUUAGAUUACAACCCAAGUCAUUUGUAUACACCUUGAAAGUUAGCAACUCUGCCGCCACCCUAGCUCAUUUGUCUUUAUGGUUUUGACAAUAUCAAAUGUAAUCUCCAUAUAUAUAUAUAUAUAUAUAUAUAUAUAUAUAUAUAGGGAGUGGUUCCAAUGAGAACACCUCUUAUUGUAAGAAAUGAGAACAAAUCCUAGACACUAAUCAUAUAUAAUGAACGGCAGAUUGAUCGGGUGGUGCAUAAUAAUAUGGUGCACUUGAUUGCGUGUGACAUCUUUUUCUACUAGUAACACUUUGAAACAUGAAUUAUUUGAGGACACAAGUGUCCUUUACAUAGCCCAUUACCUUUUAUGGAUUUGUACGUUUUAUUUUUGGAACUAACCGAAAUAUAUUAUAUAUAAAAAGACGGCUGUUUUAAAA